AUGCCGAUCCCCCCGCCGCCGCCGCCGCCCGGCCCCCCCCCGCCCCCCCCCUUCAGCCAGGCGAACACGGAGCCGCCGAAACUGAGCCGCGAGGAGCAGCGGGGCCGCGGGGCCCUCCUGCAGGACAUCUGCAAAGGGACCAAGCUCCGGAAGGUGACGGCCAUCAACGACCGCAGCGCCCCGAUCCUGGAGAAGCCCAAGGGCGGCGGCUACGGCGCGGGCUCGGCCGCGCUCCAGCCCAAGGGGGGCCUGUUCCAGGGCGGCGUGCCCAAGCUGCGACCCGUGGGAGCCAAGGAGAGCUCAGACACCUCGGCGAAACAAACCCUGCAAGUGCCCGGCUCCAGAGCGGCCGCCCCCAGGCCCCCGGUGCCGGCCAGCAGCAGCCGCCCCCAGGACGAUGCCGACGGCAGCCGAGCAUCCCCGCCGGAGCUGCCCCGCACCCAGCGGCCCUCCCUGCCCGACCUCUCCCGGCCCGGUGCCGCCGCCUCCGCCGCCGCCACCGGCAUGAAGCACAGCUCGUCCGCCCCGCCGCCUCCGCCUCCGGGCCGCCGCAGCGCCGCGCCGCCAGCCCCCGGCCCCAAAAUCCCCUCUUACAACCGGGAGAAACCCCUGCCGCCCACCCCGGGACAGCGCCCGCCCGCCUCCAGGGACGGAGCCCCGGCCCCGCCGCCCGGCAAACCCCCUCCGUCCCCGGUCAGCCUCCGAACGGGGGCUCCGGGCCCAAGCCUCGCCCCUCCGCCGCCCCCUUACCGCCAACCCCCCGGCGUCCCCAACGGCCCUUCCAGCCCCGUGGCCGAGGCCGCCCCCGAGCUGCCGCAGAGACACAACUCCUUGCACAGGAAAGCCCCCGGCCCGUUACGGGGGCUCGCCCCCCCGCCGCCCGCCGCCGCCUCCUCCCCGGCUCUCCAGAGCAGCGGCCGCCCCCCGCCGCCGGCCAGGGACCCCCCCAGCCGCGGCGCAG